GGUAAAGGCACUACAGAAACGGGUGGGCCAAUUCCUAAAAAUUUGACCCCUUAUUAAAUAUAUCGAGAAAUCAAUGUCACAUUAGAAGAUAGAACGUCUCUCUUCGCCAAAACAGAAACUCUUGAAAGGAAAUAAUAUAAUUCUAAUAAAUUCUGGAUAAUUUAUUGAAAUUGGAAACUUCUGGAGCUGUAAUCCAUGGCACCUUUUCCGCAAAGAAUUACAGUUUUUGCUGAUGAAGAUUACAGCCUCACAGAAUAUCUGCCCAAUAAGUUUGAAAACUUUGCCGUCACUACUUUUGAAUCUUCAGAUUAUGAGCCAUCAACUUUUGAACCUUCAUAUUUUGAAGACGAAAACGAUAAAUACAUAUUCAAUAUUUGGUCACUAAUUUUUAUAAUACCAGUUUUUUUAGUUCUGCGCUUUUUGGUCUUCUUAUAUUAUACAGUUUCAAAGAGGAUUUCCUGCGUAUCCUGCUUCGCCUGGCUUCAAACGCAUCAGACACUUGCUACAAGAGACAUUGAAAGUAAAUCGGAAACGUCUGGGGAUAUUGAAACUACAACCUCUGCUGUAAACGCCAUUGAAGGCAAGUUCACUCAAGAAACAAUGUGUUAUAACUCAGAAGUAAAAAAUUCUACUGUUAAUGAUAAGUUCAAAAGAUCUACCGAGGAUAAAAGUGUGGUUGAUCGAUCAACAAGAGAAAACCUUGUAAGAAAUUUAAAAACACCUGGAGAUAUUGAGAUUAUAAAUUCUUUCAGUAACACUGCAAAUGGCAGGUGUUCCCAAAAAGCAAUGAUCAUGAAUUCAGAAAAACCAAUUUCUUCUUUUAGUUCCAAUUUCGAAGUAUCUACUAAUAAAGAAAGUGGGGUUGCUCAAGCAAUAAGCGAGAACCUGGAAAACAAUUCGAAAACAGCUGAAGAUCUUGAAACGACAACUUCCUUCAUCGUUACCGUAAACGGUAAAUGUUCCCAAAAAACAAUGAUUGCUAAUUCAGAAGUAACAAAUUUUUCGUUUAGUUCCAGCUUCGAAGAAUCAACCGAGGAUAAAAGUGAGGUUGAUCAAUCAACAAUGGAAAACCUUGUAAGAAAUUCGAAAACACCUGAAGAUAUUGAAACUAUAAAUUCUUUCAGUAACACUGCAAAUGGCAAGUGUUCCCAAAAAGCAAUGAUCAUGAAUUCAGAAGAACCAAUUUCUUCUUUUAGUUCCAAUUUCGAAGUAUCUACUAAUAAAGAAAGUGGGGUUGAUCAAGCAAUAAGCGAGAACAUGGAAAACAAUUCGAAAACAGUUGAAGAUCUUGAAACUACAACUUCCUUCAUCGUUACCGUAAACGGUAAAUGUUCCCAAAAAACAAUGAUUGCUAAUUCAGAAGUAACAAAUUUUUCGUUUAGUUCCAGCUUCGAAGAAUCAACCGAGGAUAAAAGUGAGGUUGAUCAAUCAACAAUGGAAAACCUUGUAAGAAAUUCGAAAACACCUGAAGAUAUUGAAACUAUAAAUUCUUUCAGUAAUACUGCAAAUGGCAAGUGUUCCCAAAAAGCAAUGAUCAUGAAUUCAGAAGAACCAAUUUCUUCUUUUAGUUCCAAUUUCGAAGUAUCUACUAAUAAAGAAAGUGGGGUUGAUCAAGCAAUAAGCGAGAACAUGGAAAACAAUUCGAAAACAGCUAAAGAUCUUGAAAAGACAUCUUCCUUCAUCGUUACCGUAAAUGGUGAAUGCUCCCAAGAAACAAUGAUUGCUAAUUCAGAAGUGACAAGUUCUUCGUUUAGUUCCAGUUCCGAAGAAUCUACCGAGGAUAAAAGUGAGGUUGAUCAAUCAACAAUGGAAAAGCUUGUAAGAAAUUCGAAAACACCUGAAGAUAUUCAAACUAUAAAUUCUCUAAGUAAAAAUGUUAAUGGUAAGUGUUCCCAAGAAACAAUGAUUAUGAAUUCAGAAGAACCAAAUUCGUAUUUUUGUUCCAGUUUUGAAGGCUCUUCUAAUAAAAGAAAUGAGUUUGAUCAAUCAAUAAGCGAUAACAUGGGAAACAAUUCGACAACACCUGAAGAUAUUAAAAUUAAAAUUCUUUUAUUAACACCCUCAAUGGCAAGCUCUUCCAAGAAGCAAUAAUUGUUAAUUCAGAAGAACAACUAAAUUCUUCUUUCAGUUCCAGUUUCGAAAGAUCAAUCCCCCCCCCC